GGAGGGCGGGCGGGUGCGUCCUGGGCGGCGCGCGGGUGUGUUUGAAUCUGGCGGGAGCGCGGGAAGCGAUGGGACCCCGGUGAGGACGGCGCGGCGCGGGACGAUGCCGCACUUCCCCUUGGGGUGACCACCGGGAGGACCCCGAGCCGACACACCCGGGACUGAUCGAGGGAGGAUCUCUCGGCGCUGAAGUAAGAAAAGAGUAGCGGUUUGGCAAGCCUGGCAUCCGUAGACGUCGCUGGUCUUGGGGUCGUGACACGGACUCCCUUAGAACACUUUUUUCAUCUGUCAUGGAAAAGCGGGAGACAUUUGUCCAAGCGGUUUCUAAGGACCUGGUUGAAGAGUUUCUGCAGUUUGUUCAACUUGAUAAAGAUUCUUCAGAUCCUUUCAGCCUAGGAGAGUUACUAGAUGAACUAUCCAGGAAACAGAAAGAAGAGUUAUGGCAGAGGCUGAAGGACUUACUGACGGAGACGUUGUUAGAAAGCCCCGUGGAUGGGUGGCACCCAGCGGAAGACCAGGGUGAAGAUGGGAUGGAGUCAGAGCCCAGUCCAAAGAUGAAAAAGAGCAUAGAAAUCAUACAUGCAAUUACGUCUGUAAUUCUUGCUUCUGUAUCUGUAAUAAAUGAACAUGAGAACUACGGGGCCCUUCUGGAGUGUGCUGUCAUAUUAAAUGGUAUUUUAUAUGCACUGCCCGAAUCCGAACAAAAGCUCCAGAACUCUAUCCAGGAUCUGUGUGUGAAAUGGUGGGAAAAGGGGCUGCCUGCCAAGGAGGACAUGGGGAAGACGGCGUUUGUCAUGCUGCUGAGGAGGAGCCUGGAGACCAAAACGGGCGCAGACAUGUGUCGGCUGUGGCGCAUCCACCAGGCUCUAUACUGCUUUGCCUGUGACUUGGAGGAAAACAGAGACAUUAAAGAUAUGCUACUCGAGUGCUUCAUAAAUGUUAAUUACAUCAAGAAGGAAGAGGGAAGAAGAUUUCUUAGUUUUCUCUUCAGUUGGAAUGUAGACUUUAUUAAAAUGAUCCAUGAGACCAUUAAGAAUCAGUUGUCUGGAUUGCAGAAGUCUUUGAUGGUACACAUUGCAGAAAUUUAUUUCAGAGCUUGGAAAAAGGCGUCAGGGAAAACACUGGAGACCAUCGAAUACAACUGCAUCCAGGACUUCAUGUUCCAUGGCAUCCACCUUCCAAGGAGAUCUCCCGUGCACUCCAAAGUACGAGAGGUGCUGAGUUACUUUCAUGAACAGAGAGUCCGUCAGGGAGUGGAGGAGAUGCUGUAUAGGUUAUAUAAGCCCAUCCUGUGGAGAGGACUGAAGGCCAGAAACUCUGAAGUUCGAUCAAACGCUGCACUGUUGUUUGUCGAAGCAUUUCCUGUUAGAGAUCCAAACUUCAUUGCCACAGAGAUGGACAGUGAGAUCCAGAAGCAGUUUGAAGAACUGUAUAGCCUUUUAGAAGAUCCUUACCCGAGGGUCCGUUCCACAGGCAUCCUUGGUGUUUGUAAAAUAACGUGUAAAUACUGGGAGAUGAUGCCCCCCACCAUUAUCGUCGACCUCUUGAAGAAAGUCACCGGGGAGCUGGCGUUUGAUAUAAGCUCAGCUGAUGUUCGCUGUUCUGUUUUUAAGUGUUUGCCGAUUAUUUUGGAUAACAAACUGAGCCACCCGUUGUUAGAACAGCUUCUGCCACCACUCAGGUACAGUCUCCACGAUAAUUCAGAGAAAGUGAGGGUGGCCUUUGUGGACCUGCUGCUGAAAAUCAAAGCCGUGAGAGCCGCAAAGUUCUGGAAAAUAUGCCCCAUGGAGGACAUUCUGGUUCGCCUGGAAAUGGAUUCUCGGCCUGUGUCUCGGCGCCUGGUGAGCCUCAUCUUCAACUCUUUCUUCCCCGUGAACCAGCCAGAGGAGGUGUGGUGCGAGCGCUGCGUCACACUCAUCCAGAUGAACCGCGCAGCAGCCAGGAAGUUCUAUCAGUACGCCCACGAGCACACUGCCAGCACCAACAUAGCCAAGCUCAUCCAUGUCAUCCGCCACUGCCUGAAUGCCUGUAUCCAGAGGACCCUGCAAGAGUGCCCGGAGGCCCAUAAGGAGUGCGAGAAGGAGAACGCCAGUGUUCUAGACAAAACCUUGUCAGUGAAUGACACUGCAUCCAUGGCGGGCUUACUAGAAGUCAUUGUGAUCCUCUGGAAGACCAUCCACCGAAGCCUGGAAAACAACAAAGAGGCCAAAGGUUAUACCAUUAACAAGUUCGCGUCCGUGCUUCCUGAGUACCUGAAGGUGUUCAAGGAUGAGCGCUGCAAGAUCCCUUUGUUCAUGCUGAUGUCCUUCUUGCCAGCCUCUGCCGUCCCUGUGUUCAGCUGUGGUGUGAUUUCUGUGCUGAGGAGUCAGGAGGAGAGCACUAUAGGCAGGAGCUACUGUACCUUGCUGGAUUGUCUCUGUUCCUGGGGGCAAGUGGGGCACGUCCUGGAGCUCAUUGUUGACUGGCUGCCUACAAGGCCACCUCAGGCCAAGAGUAACCUGGCCUCUAAACGUAAAUUGCAAAUCAGUGACGCAUGCCCGGUGAAACCCGAGUUAGCAUUGCUGUACAUGGAGUAUUUGUUGACCCACCCAAAGAAUCGAGAGUGUCUGCUCUCUGCACCCCAGAAGAAACUGAACCAGCUUUUAAAAGCCCUUGAGGGAUCCAAGGCAGAUCUGGAAUCACUUCUCGAGUCUCCAAGCGGGAAUCCCCUCAACUUCAACAAAGCAGCUGCCCUGCAUGCCUUCGGUCUGUACUGCAGGCUGAGCGUCCACCUUCAGUACACGUUCUGCUCAGAAGAGAAGAUCCGUCUGUCCAUCCUGAGCGAAACCGGAUGUUGGUUGGAAAAUAAAGUUUUACCUCUUCUUCAAGACCAAGAAGAGGAGUAUCUGAAGGUUCGGAGGGAUGUCUAUCAGCAGGUCAUCCAGACUUACCUGGCUGUGUGUAAAGAUGUUGUCAUGGUGGGCCUUGGAGACCCUGAGUUUCAGAUCCAGCUUCUACAGCGGAGUCUCGGAAUAAUGAAAAAAGUGAAGGGAUUUUUUUACAUUUCACUACUUCUUGGCAUUCUGAAGGAGAUAGCCGGAAACUCCAUGAUUCAGAAAACAGAUUCAGAUGAAGAUGUCACAGUGCUCUUUGACUCGGUUCAGGAAGUAUUCCAGAAGAUGUUGGAAUGUGUUGCCUGGACCUUCAGGAAGCAGCCAGAAGAAAGCCUGCCGCUCUUUCAUUCUGUCCAGACCCCCCUCCAUGAAUUUAUCAGCACCAUCCAGUUGUGGUACAAGGACACUGCAGUCCACCAUGGUGUCCUUUCUACUCUGAUCGCUGCGCCCGUGGUUGAGAUAAGUCACCAGCUGCGGAAGGUGUCUGACACAGAAGAGCUGACCACACCACAGUGUCUCGCUGACCUUCCUCCAUUUUCAAGGUGUUUACUGGGAAUAAUAAUGAAGUCUUUGGAUGUGGUCAGGUCAUUUUUGGAUGAACUAAAGGCAUGUGUAACCUCCGGUGAUAUUGAAGGCAUCGUGUGCCUCACAGCUGUUCUGCAUAUUAUUUUGGUUAUUAACAAAGGUAAACACAGAAAUGCACGGCUGAAGGAGGUUGCAGAGACCGUGAACAGGAAGCUGAAGACGUUUAUGGAGAUCACUUUGGAAGAGGAUAGCCUCGAAAGGUGCCUGUAUGAAUCAUCAAUGAGAACUUUGGGGGAAUUUCUGAAUUCAUGACAAAACCCCGUCUCUGGGUGUGUAGAAAUAGAAAGACAGACACUGGGAGUGAGAUGUGUGUAUAUCUUUCUUGCUUUUUCUUCUUUUGUCAGACUAAGCCUGGAGGCCUGAGUCUGUAGCUACCCAAAGAUGAAGGCCAGUACAGUACUGGUGCUCUUCCGUACACACCGUGCCUUUAGCCAGCUGGCAGAGGAGGAGAGUGGUAAAGAUGAGUGGGAGAAAGCCUGGCAAGCAGCUGGCACUCUGCUCCAGAAAGCCUGGCAAUGCGAAUGGGAACUGUGGCCUUGGUCAGCUUUUGACUUUGUUGGCAUCUGACUUACCUAUUAUUUAUUAUUUGCUAUGAAAAUUUCGCUGGAACAGAUUUCUCUCUGGCCUUUCAGCAGGGCUACCGUUAGCCCAUACAGGACCUUUGUUCAAAUGAUGAAAAGAAGUCACUUUGCCAAGACAAUUUACUGCCAGCUGUUGUACAGUUGUAAUAAAUACGCAAAUAUGUUGGUAUGAAGUGUCUGCUUACUCCAUUGCACCUGUGUGGUGCUCGGCUUCUGUGUCUGAACCCAGCAGCCCUCCUCCAAAGGCAGGAGCCUCCUCCCAUCAAUUAAGGUCAUUAUCAGAUCGGAGAAGACUUCUUGUUUGUGUGCCAUACACAAUCAGGGACAGAGCAGAAGUCAGGCUCAGAGACACCUGCCAGAAUGGAAGUGAAUUGAGGAAGCGUGCUAGGAGUGGGCUGCCACACAGAAACGAUUGUCACGUCCUAAGACUGUUGUGCAAUGGAUGCACAUGCCCAGUCGCCUGUUUUCCCUCUGCAGGUCUAUGGGAUAGGCACAGGCCUUUUCCUGUACUGGCGAUUACAGAAGAGUAAGCACAGAGGCUUUGUCCAGGGCCCGUAUAAAUAACAGAGUUAAUAGCUGGGCAGUGGUGAUGCCUUAACCCUUGACCCUUAACCCCAGCACUCAAGUGGCAGAGGCAGAGGAAUCUCUGUGAGUUCAAGGCCAGCCUGGUCUACCAAGUGAGUUCCAGAAACAGCCAGGGCUACACAGAGAAACCCUGUCUCGAAAAACAAAAACAGUAACAAAUAAUGGAGUAAUGAUGUGAAAGAGAAAAGAGAAUCUAAUUUUAAAGCGACAGUGACGUAAUCCAGCAACCACGGAUAGUCCGUGACGACAAGUUUGUGUCUGCACAUGUGGAGAAGCAAUGGCACCGUCACGGCGGUAGAGGAGUCCCCUGCCUCAGGACAAUGCUAGGCUUCCAUAGCCUCUGUCACCCCCUUAGCACCCUUCCCUCAGCGAAGUCUCUGGCGAGCAGGGUAGCACGGCCUGAACUUGGGGUGGGGAGCGCCGAGAUUGCUGCAUUGGUGGUGACAGUAGACGCCCUCAGCAGGUGGUAAAGUUGGAAGAUGACCCGAUCAAACUGAGAAUCGAGAUACCACACAGCGUUACACUGUUGGAGAAAUCGAACCAGUUUGCCUUCCAGUCAGCUUACCGCAAAUUGAACAAAGAUGUGCAAACUAGUUAGUUGGCAAACUAAGGAAACUUGCCCGUUUUAAUGACACAGCAUAGCUGUGGUGUGCUGCCAAAAGACCAUUUGCAGAAUAAGAAGACUUUACAUCAUGACACAGCAUGUCUUGCAACUUACUGAAGACCAGGAAACCACGUCCUAAAGGUCUGUGAGGGAAUCUGGCACGUUUGACAGCAUGGCCAGACCGAGACCGUCAGUGAGAGAGAGGUUCUCCAGGAAGCUGGCUUUGAGAUUAUUGAGACGAGAACAACUACCACAAGAGGACAGAGCCGUUGGUGCUCGUGUGCUCGGGGAACUCUUCUGGAUGGAAUGCAGAUACACAAAGACCUCAGACAGCUGAACAGGUUACAAGGGGUUUGUUUUGUGUUUGGUGGUGGCCACGUAAAUGAGAAGCUGUUGAUUAUUCCCCCACCGAACCUCUUAAGACUUCCCCUCUUUGUUUUUGUUUGUCCUCCUUUUGUUUCUCUUAAGGUUUUAAUACUUUCAAAGACUUUAAAAUAAUAAAAGACAUGGCCUUUAACUGAA